UUAUUCGUAUCAUUAUUCGAUAUUAUCCGACAGUUUUCUAUACUAUCAUUGGAUUAAUUUAAUAAACUUACUUAACAUUUUAUUCAGUUAAGUACUGCUCGGCAGAGAUACUUAAUUAGCCCGAUAACGCGGCCGAUAACGAUCGAUCAUUAAAUGCAGUUGGGCUAAAGGGAAACGCUUUACGAAACGGAAUGUCGUGAUAAUCGAUCAAGGAUCAUUAUUCGUCGAGGAGAGAAAUCACCGCUAAUGACUCGUUAAUGAAAGAAAUCUCAUGGUUUUUCACAUCUUUCGAUUGGCUAAUAAACGUGGAAUUUUUUCCCGAUAUUGCAUCACAUCUCUGUCCAGCAUCCGCCAAGUAUGAGGGGGAACAAACAAUGUGUUGUAUAAUGCAUAGUUGAUGAAGAUUCUUGCAUUCAUGUGGAUAUACAUGUGCGACCAAGUAAGGGGACUUUGUCUAUGACGAAGGUUAUGGGAUAACCGGAUAAUCAGGUCGCCAAAGUUUCUCAUUUCGCUAAAAGUAUGGGAAACUUUAUGAAUGACAGCGUGAUCUGCUUGCUGCUACUGCUUUCAGUCAGUAUCAUAUUCGGAAUCAGUGAGAUCAUCAAAUCGUUGACAAAUAAUGGAGAAGACAUUUCCAAAACAUCUACGUAUAGUUGGGUCAUUCGAUUAUGUUUAAAUCUAUUGGGAUACGCCACUAUAUUGCUGCCAGGUUGCCUUAUAUACAAAUAUGUACGCUAUACAAAAUAUAUUCAAAGAAGUGGAAAAGGCUGCAUCCCUAGAUUGGUACAUUCAUGUUUUAUGGGGCAUUGUGAAACAGGUCUCUUGGAUUCACCUCCGUAUGCCUCCAAUGCUUCCACACAUAUUCAACGCACUUUUACUCAAGAUGCCCUACUUCUGAUGUACUGUUUUUUUGGGCUGCAAAUCAGUUAUUUAACAUGGGGUUACUUACAGGAAAAAAUUAUGACACAGGAAUAUGAAGAUGCUUCUGGUAAUAAAACACGAUUUCAAGAUUCACAAUUCUUGGUAUUUGUAAAUCGUAUUCUUGCCUUUGCAAUGUCAGGAUUAUACUUACUUAUUCAACGUCAGCCACAACAUAAGACGCCAUUGUAUAAAUAUGCGUUUUGUUCUCUAUCAAAUAUCAUGAGCAGUUGGUGUCAAUAUGAAGCUCUGAAGUAUGUUAGUUUUCCAUCACAGGUUUUGGUUAAAGCCUCGAAAAUUAUUCCUGUUAUGAUAAUGGGAAAAAUAAUUUCGCAUACAACAUAUGAAUAUUACGAGUAUGUUACCGCGAUUCUUAUUUCCAUUGGAAUGACUCUUUUUAUGUUGGACAGUUCUGAUCAUAAAAAUGAUGGAGCUACAACACUCUCUGGUGUUAUAUUAUUAGGAGGCUAUUUAUUAUUAGAUAGUUUUACGAGUACCUGGCAAAAUGCAAUUUUUAUAGACUAUGGUGUAACAAGCAUACAAAUGAUGUGCGCAGUUAAUAUGUUUUCCUGUCUGCUGACUGCAAUGUCUCUGUUUCAGCAAUCGAGCUUUCCGCUAAUAUUUUCGUUCAUGACAAAGUACCCUAGAUUUGUAAUCGAUUGUUUGCUGAUAUCAAUUUGUUCAGCAAGCGGCCAGUUGUACAUCUUUUACACUAUUUCGAAAUUUGGAUCAAUUACAUUCGUCAUUAUGAUGACUAUUCGUCAGGGUUUGGCAAUAUUAUUGUCUUGCUUGAUUUAUCAUCACGAAAUUACUAUUAUUGGAGUAUUUGGUAUACUGUUGGUAUUUGGCUCGGUAUUUUUACGAAUUUAUUGCAACAAUCGAUUACGCGCAAUCAGAAGACGGAGAGCCGCGGCAAAUAGUAUAAAGCAUUAAGAGUUGUAUUACUUAGACAGAGAAUUGCAAUUGUAAUUGUCAUAGAAGUAGAAUUCUAUCAAUUGUUUAUUGUAAUAGUCGUAAAUUAGGAUAGAAUUCUGUCAUUGUAAUUAAACAUAUAUUCAGAUUGUCACUCUAAGUAUUAAGUUAAGAAUUUUAUCCUGUGUUUGUAAUCAAUUUUGAAGUCAUAAUCUCUAUACUAUGUACCGCGAGUAUAUAUUCUCGAUAGUUUUGAUAGCUUUUAAUCAUAUGAACUUUGAGAAAUAUAUUUAUCAUGAGAUUUGUAAUUAUGUACAUUGCAUAUAAAUAUAUGUAAUGUAUUUUGAAAAACAAGUACUUGGAGGUAUGUGAUCUGAAAGAAUGUCGGCAUUAUAUAAUAUAUAUAAUAAG